CGACGUCGAAGGCUGAUCUGAGACUUUUUAUUAUAUUCGGCGAUUAUGAAAAUAGAUUAAAUUGAAACAAAAAUGAAGUUUGCCGAGCACCUUUCAGCUCACAUUACUCCAGAAUGGAGGAAACAAUAUAUACAUUACGAGGAAAUGAAAUCGAUGCUUUAUGCAGCAGUGGAACAAGCUCCUUCCGCUGAACUGGUUGAGCCAGAAAUAUUGUCGAGGUACUUCGCUAAGUUUGACGAGCAAUUUUUUUCGUAUUCUGAAAAGGAGUUAACUAAAAUAAACACAUUUUAUUCCGAAAAGCUUGCCGAAGCUACUAGAAAAUAUGCGAGUUUAAAAAGUGAAUUGAGUGAAACUCAAGAUGGCCAAUUCGAAAAAAGUAACUCGGUUAGAAAAAAAUUGCUCAGGAAAAAGAAUGUCCCGGCAAGAAAACUUCAAGAGAUAAAAUUGGCAUUUAGUGAAUUCUAUUUAAGUCUCAUACUUAUGCAGAAUUACCAAAAUUUAAAUUUUACCGGAUUUCGAAAAAUUUUGAAGAAACAUGACAAGCUCUUAAAUGUUGAUUAUGGAGCAAGAUGGAGAGUGGAACACGUAGAAGGUUCAUUUUUCUAUUUAAACAAGGAUAUAGAUCGACUUAUUCACGAAACGGAAACAGCAUUUACACAAGAGCUAGAAGGUGGAGAUCGCCAGCGGGCAAUGAAACGAUUAAGGGUUCCUCCAUUAGGUGAACACCAAAGUCCUUGGACUACUUUUAAAGUAGGUCUUUUCUCAGGUGCUUUAAUUGUCCUUCUCAUUUCGGUGAUCUUAUCAGGUGUAUUCCGAGGAAGAGAUGAUUGGAUUAUAGUAAUACGACUAUAUAGGGGUCCGUUCCUUGUAAUAGAAUUUCUAUUUUUGUGGGGAAUAAAUAUAUAUGGUUGGCGUUCAUCUGGAGUCAAUCAUGUUCUAAUAUUCGAAAUGGAUCCCAGAAACCACUUAUCAGAACAGCAUAUCAUAGAGAUGGCAGCGAUAUUUGGUGUGAUCUGGUCAAUUUCUAUACUUACAUUUUUAUAUAGUGAGCAGCUUACUAUACCUGCUUACGCUAAUCCGUUGGCUCUUAUGAUUAUAAUGUUUGUUUUUAUUUUGAAUCCGACGAGAACCUUUCGACAUGAAGCAAGAUUUUGGGCCUUAAGGGUUAUUGGCAAGGUUUUUAUGGCUCCAUUCUGUUAUGUCUCAUUUGCGGAUUUCUGGGUUGCAGAUCAACUAAAUAGUCUAAUAACGUUCUUUACAGAUAUGCAGUAUUUUAUAUGUUUCUACAUAACAAAUGAUAGCUGGUCCAUUGGAAAAGAUGCAAACUACUGCGUAGCAAACUUUCUAGGAGUGAGAGCUUUUGUUGCUUGUCUUCCACCUUGGUUUCGAUUUGCACAAUGCCUAAGAAGAUACAGAGAUACUAAGGAAGCGUUUCCUCACAUAGCCAAUGCGGUUAAAUAUGCUACGUCGUUUUUUGUAGUCAUCUUUUCAACUUGUAAUAAAAUAUUUGACGACAAAUUUGAGUCCGGUGAGAAUCCGUUUUUCUAUUUAUGGAUUGGCUCGUCCUUGAUAAGUUCGUGUUACGCAUACACGUGGGAUAUAAAGCUCGACUGGGGGCUCUUCGACGCUAAAGCUGGAGAUAACAAAUUCCUCCGAGAAGAAAUUGUAUAUUCCUCGACGUGGUUUUACUACUUUGCAAUUGUAGAAGAUUUUAUUCUACGUUUUGGAUGGGCAUUUUUAAUAUCCAUGACAGAAAUGGGAUUUGCAGUGGAACAUUCCAUGGUGACUAUAUUGGCUCCACUUGAAGUGUUUAGACGGUUUAUGUGGAACUACUUCAGAUUGGAGAAUGAGCAUCUCAAUAACUGUGGUAAAUUUAGGGCAGUCAGAGAUAUUUCAGUUGCUCCUCUGGAUACUUCGGAUCAAUCACUUAUAUUAAGAAUGAUGGACGAACCUGAUGGAGUAACUAAUAGAAGAAAAAAGAAAAACGCUAGUAAGAGAUUUACUGAAGCAGCACGAAUAAUGGUGGAAGGUGAAUCUACAGAUGAACUAGAUGCUUAAAUUUAAUAAAAUAAUGUUGUUUAAAGUUUAAAAUUAUUUUUAUUUGUGAUUAUUUUUGUAAUAAACGCUUAAAUAUU